CAUAAUAUUCAAAAAAUGUUCCUAUAUUUUAGGAAACAAAUAAUUAAUAUUCAUUAUUAUAGAAAGAGAGAGGGAUUAUUUAUAGUUUUAUCAAUCCCAAUAUCGCAUGCAUAUACAUACACACGAGUUUUUCCAAUAUUGGAAAACAGACUAAACUCUUUCAGUGCUGCUUGCGAACAAGAAGAAGGCUGGAUGGCAGGAGGUAGCAUAGUUGAAAAUACAACUACGCCCUUCCGGUUCACAUGGAGAAUUGACGGGUUUUCUCAACUGACUGAGAAAAGGCUCUAUUCAGAUGUAUUUGAAGUUGGAGGCUAUAAAUGGCGCGUGCUAAUUUUCCCGAAAGGGAACAAUGUGGACUGUUUGUCCAUAUAUUUGGAUGCUGCAGAUUCAUCUGGUUUGCCCGAUGGUUGGACUAGAUUUGCACGGUUUUGCCUGGGAGUAGUUAGUCAAGUCCAUACUAAGUACUCUCGGAGAAAAGACUCGUACCACCAAUUCAACAAACAUCGGAGUGAUUGGGGUUUCACGUCCUUCAUGCCUCUUAAUGAAUUUUAUGAUCCUUCAAGAGGGUAUCUUGUGAAUGACACUCUUGUAAUUGAAGUUGACGUAAUAUGCGAUGCUAAUGAAAAUGACACUGCUGAGCAUUUAAGGGAGAGGUUGAAGAAAGAACAGGAAAACCUCCGCACUGUUAUUGAAAAAUCUCCACUGAAUUUGUCCGAUGGGUUUGUGCAGGAGAGGUUGAAGGAAGAACAGGAAGACCUCUGCACUAUUAUUGAAAAAUCUUCACAGGAUUUGUCUGAUGGGUUUGUGCAGGAAAGGUUGAAGAAAGAACAGGAAGAGCUCUGCACUUUCAUUGAAAAAUCUGCACCGCAUUUGUCCAGUGGGUUUGUGCUAGAGAUGUUGAAGAAAGAACAGGAAGACCUUUUCACUUUCAUUGAAAAAUCUCCACAAAAUUUGCCCGAUGGGUUUGUGCAAGAGAGGUUGAAGGAAGAACAGGAAGGCCUAUGCACUAUUAUUGAAAAAUCUGCACAGGAUAUAUUCGAUGAGGUUGUGCAAGAGAGCCUGAAGGAAGAACAGGAAGACCUCUGCCCAAUUAUUGAAAAAUCUGCACAGAAUUUAUCCGAUGGGUUUGUGCAAGAGAGGUUGAAGGAAGAACAGGAAGACCCGUGGACUAUUAUAAAGGUGGUACGAGAUGAAGACCUUGCAGAACAGAUUGGAAAUGAUAUAUAUUUUGAUCUUGUAGACACUGACAAAGUGAAAAGUUUCCGAGUUCCAAAGGAUACAUCAUUUAACAUUUUCAAGGAAGAGGUUGCUAAAGAGCUUGGCAUACCAGCUCAGUUCCAGCGCUUUUGGCUAUGGGAAAAGCGUGAAAGCAAGGCAUAUCGUCCAUUUCGGCCAUUGACACAAAUUGAGGAAGCUGGACCGGUUGGACAAUUGAGAGAACUAAAAGAGGUUAAAGAAGCAGAAUUAAAUUUGUUUUUGGAGGUGGAGCGUGGGCUGGAUUUACGCCCCAUUGCACCACUCGAGAUGAGAGACGAUGAUAUAUUACUUUUUUUCAAGUUAUAUGAUCCUGAAAUAGAGGAGCUACGAUAUGCUGGAAGGCUUUUUGUGAACCCAUGUGAUAAGCUAUCAGAAAUUUUAACAAGGUUAAAUAUAUUGGCUGGUUAUGAUCCCAAUGAAGAGAUUGAACUUUAUGAGGAAAUUAGGUGUGAGCCUGUUGACAAGAAUCUUACCUUUCUAGAAAAUUGGUUAGGAAAUGGUGAUAUCAUAUGCUUUCAGAAAGCUUCUGCAAUGGAUAAGGGGAAACAUAUCCGAAAUCCUGACGUGCUUUCAUAUUUGCAAUAUGUGUACAAUCUUGAGUUGUCUUUUUCUCUCUCGGCCAAAGAAUCUGAAUGUGAAGAAUCGUUGGAGAAGCAAAACAAGAACGUUAUAGCUGAAGAAAUUAAUGCUAUGAUAGAUGAGAAUGUCAUUGCUGCAAUUGACAGAGUUUUAUCAGAAGGCAUUACCAUUUCGGUACAAUCUCAGCAUCCUGUUCAACAAAAAGUCUCACUCUCACUCCCUGAGCAACUUCUUCAGGAAUUGAGUGAUAUUCUCUUUAAAGAAGAUUUGGUUGAAAAAUUUAAAAAAGGCCUCACUCAUGAAGUUGACUUCAACUUAGUCAUGGAAAAAAUUGCCGCCUAUGCCGACCUCUUUUCCUCUCACCAAUUAGAACAAGUCGGCGCUGUUAAGAACCUUCUCAACAACCUUGUGAGGAUAUUUGAAAAAAUGGAAUAUUUGAAAAUAAAGCAAGACUCGGCUAAGAAAAGCACUGACAAACACAAUGAAGCAUUGAAGAAGACUAGAGAGAAAAUAAUGACCUCGCAAACUUCUUUCACAAACCAUCAAACAUAUCUCAACUCUCUUGAUGGUGAGAUUGCUGAUCUUAAAGCCAAACUUGAAAAACUACAAGUAGACAGGGAUAAUAUUGCUGAGAUUCAAGAUCAAGAGAAAGAUAAGAUCACUUGUUUGAAUAAAGAAGUUAAAUCCAUCUUCCAUCUCCUUGUAGAUGAUCACAUCAAGGUAAAAGCUGUUGAAGAUAAGAUUCCGGCGGCUCAAGCCGAUUUGGAAAAUUAUGAGAAGCUCUAUCAAUACAUGAAGGCAGCACCUCCAUUUUGAUUUUAUGCAUUUUGAUUUUACUUCAAUGCUACUUUACACUCCUAGCUUUCCAUUUUAGUAUUAAGAAUACUUUGUCACAAAUUUAUUUAUUUAGAGUGAAGACUAUUUUUUACCCGAUUUUUGAGAUAUACUAUACGAUUUAAUAGUAUUCUAAUAAAGUCAGCAACU